UAGUGUAUUUAGUGUUAACACACAUUGUUUUCGAUACACAACUGAUCCGACUGUGAAUUUGUGGUUUUGGAUGAAUGGGAAACCAAACAGCAAAGGAUUUGCGACCCAUUGGUGUCCAAAACGCCAAUUCAUUGCAGCAACAGUUGAGUCAGCAGCUGAUCCAGGCGUCCAGCAAUCCCAAUAUCAACCCCAAUGUGACCCGCAUUGCGACCAUCGCUGGCCUCAAACACGGCAACAAACAGAGGCAGAAGUUUGGCGCUAACAUCUUCAUUGAACACAAUGAAGCCCUCCUCCAGAACCGACCGCUUCCCGAAAUCCCGGACCACUCGUCCUCAUCGGCCGCUUCGGGUGUUAUCCAUAGUAUGGCCGACGAGUCGCCGACACUUUCCGCCGGUUUCAUACCAAUGGACUGCGGAAGUGGUGGCGGCAGCGGUGGUGGUGUCCCUCCCCAGCGAUGGAUGUCUAAAGAGAACCUCCUGUCGCAGACCGACGAACCACUUGAUCCGCAACUCUUCGUCGCGUUAUACGAGUUUCAUAGCGGAGGAGAAAAUCAAUUAUCUCUACGAAAAGAUGAGGGGAAUAAGGAUUUGCAACAGUAUUUACAGUACAAUAUUCUAACUGUGCCGUAUAUAUCAAUGCCUCAAUCUCUGGUGUGUAUGUCUUAUGGCAUGAGUCAAUCGGAUGGCAUUGACAUACAGACUCUUAAGCUGUGA